UGUCGCGCUUGGGUACAUCGGCGUCUUGAGUCGGCCACCGUUGCGCUUAGAAACACAGAUCCGUAUAUUUUCAUAUUUUUGUAYCUUCAAAAACUGAACCAUGGCGAGCAUAAAGUUAGUCGUUGGAAUUUUGUUCCUGUGUUGUUUUCUUCGGGGAUUUUCGUGCGUGGAGUCUGCAGAUGAACAAGACACGCUAUCUGGCCCAGGGGUUAAUGUAUGUGUCAGAAAAAGGUCGCAGGUAAAAUAUUCACUGACUACGAAACUGUUCUUUGAACCCGUCUACAAGCCAAUUCUGCAGCCCUGCAGCAAUUGGUCCAGUCGCGUCUGUUCUUCCUACAGCACAACUUAUACAAAGAAAUUCAGAAAAGUCAGGACAAGCAAACUUGAGACUAUAACUAUGUAUACAUGUUGUCCUGGCUGGACAAGAAUACGUGGCAGUAACAACUGUGAGAUUGCAACUUGCACACGACCUUGUAAAAACAAUGGAAAAUGCACCGGGCCUAACUCGUGCACRUGUGCUGAAGGAUGGACUGGGUCGGACUGUAGCAAAGGUGAGUACAGAUAUGUUUGUCCUUUGAAUCUGUGA